AUGCCGGUACUCCCGGCUCUGGACUCUCACGUCGUAUCAGGUGCCCCAUCAUCAUCGUCUAUCCUCGCAGUCUCGACGGAACAAACCCGCUGCCCCCUCGGCUCCACGCCGAGCUACAUCACAGCCGACCUUGGCGAGGGAUUGGUAGACUUCUCAGCCCCACAAGCAGUCGAUGAUACCGUAUCUGUGACCGACGUCCAGGCGAUCGCUUCGUAUUCGUCCGUGCCAUCUACGCAGCCGAGGUUGAUUAUCCCAGGUUCACCCCCCAUAUGGACUGGAAACGUCCCCGAUCGCAUCAAGCCGGACAGCCAAACAGGUGCGGCAAAGAAGAAGGCGGCCUGCUUGGGCGUCUUGUCCUCGCCGGUCCCUAUCUUUGUCGCAGUUCAAGCCCUUCACGAGGGUGCCGGGAAGCCCCAGUUUGACUAUAAAUCACUGGACAUCGUCGCCGACCGCAACACCCUGCGGAAGCUCCUCCGCUGGGCGAAAGGAUCUAGCGAACAAAGUGGGCCAUUCCGCGUUGAUAUUCAGCGCGCUGGUAACACGUGCAUAUUCAUCAUGUGCACGGAAGGACCGCAGGAACGCGCCAAACAGUCGACGAAGGGGUAUGGCUUUGGGUUCGAGCAAAAGACGACCUGUGCUGCUCCGGGGUGUGAGCAGGCGGCCGAGUACGCCAGAAUUAUUGCAUACAAACUCGGAGGACUCAACAUCCUCCUCCGCUUCGAAGUCGACGCCUGCAUCCAGACCCAGGCUGAACCCCCGAGGACACAGGGAGACUUAGCGACCAAGCUCUCCGGACUGACGCUGACCAGCUCCUCCGCACAAGUCAAAGGCGCUGCCAAGUCGCGCAUCGCCUUUGGCCUGUCGGUCGAGCUGCAGCCGUCGCAGGAGCUGAUCCCGCAGACCUCCCUCGUCGAGCUCGUGACGCGCUCGGUGCAAUACGACGUCGGGUGGGAAGAGCUCUUCCCGCAGCUCUACCUUUCGCAGACGGAGCACGUCUUCAUCGCGAAGCACAGCAGGGGUGUGUUCCGUGGGAUUCCUGUGAACAGGAUGCGGCUCAGCGAUCCCGAGGAUGGCGAUAUGGUCGCUCGGAAGGCCGAGGCGGAUCGUACUUAUCUGCCGAAGCUGAAGGCGGUGUUGGACAAUAUUCUUCUGGAGGUGAGGAGGGUGGAGGAGGGUGUCAUUUUAAGUUUGGUAAGGGACGGGGGCAAUCUCACUUUGCACAGGAGGACAGGCGGAACGGAAACGAGGAUCCCCGAAGUGUUUUUAAACAAGUUCAGGAUGUGAUACAGAAGGCGUUGACAUGAUUCUUUGUGAUGUUACUUUGUACGAAUACUUGCGAGGCC